GGAUUAGUAUUUUUAUUUCCAUUUUCCAAUUUAUAGAAAAAUUUAAAAUUAAAAAAGUUGAGAUAUCAACAUAAAUAUGAAAUGUUGACGAUAUUUUUAACUUCACUAAAAUAUAAGAUAUAUUUACAUAAGCCAAAAGAGAAUUUGCUCCUGCAUGAGCAUACUGUCCAUUUGCUCCCUAAGAUAAACCUACAUGGAGUAUAUUCAGGACCGAAAGUUUUGGGGAUGUAAUUUUUGAACCUGGGACCAAGUUUAAAUAUACAAAAUUCAAAUCUCAUACUCUCCAAAAAAAAUUUAUCAUCCCAAAAUCGAAUAUGGGCUUUCCCAUCUUGAGGGGCAUGAUCUAAGUGUCGAAGAACUCAGAAUUUCACUUUUCAUUUUCUGAAAAUAAUCACCUAAUAGUGAUUAUUAGGUGGAAACCAAAAUUUCAUGUUUGGAAAAUCCUCCCAAGUAGCUCUUUUGGCCGGGGGAGUUCACGUACAGUAUCCUCCCACCGGAAGCAUACAAAUUUCCAAAACAUGAAAAACCUAAUAUUCCCUCCAUUUCAGUAUUUCCUCAUAAAUAAUGCCGCCGUCCUCUCCGAGAUCCGAAAUUACGUCAAAAUUUCGUUCACACGCCUAUAUUUCGGACAGAACCAGUGAUGCCCUAAAGGAGCCUGAACCCGAUCAAUAAUUUUUUAAAAAAACAGAGCGCGCGCUCUCUCUCCCUCUCCUCCUCUCUCUCUCUCUCUCUUUUCGAGCCAUGAAUUUAACACGAAGAGGCUUCACAGCGAUUUCUCAAUGGCUUUCUCACUCUUCUUCGUCCUCCCUUUCUUCUUAUUCUUCUGAGAAGUGGUUUAUUCUUCAUCCUCGUCUCCUGAAUAUACAGUCUCCUGGUUACUCAAAAGCGAAGAAGAGUCCUCAAGAGCUCGAGUCCUCGUUUUCUGGCCAUGGUUAUGAGAUAGUAGGACUUAGUGGUUCGGAUUUGGGGGGAGAGUUAGAGAAGAGAGAGUGGCCAAGGCCUACAGAGAUACCUUACCAGGCAAAAGUGGCGAACUUGGUUCAUUUGAUUGGGAAAAUCUCUGGGCCCGUGCAGAUUGAAACGUUGGAGGAUGGGAGGACAUGGGCUUUCACGGUUCUUGUUCAGCAAAAAACCCUAGAUUUUCCUCAUCUAUGGAUUCCUAUUAUCUUUGAAGGUGACAUGGCUGGCAUAGCUGCAUGCCAUCUGAAGGAAAAUGACCUUAUUUAUGUGUUGGGACAACUCAGUGCAGAGUCACCACAAUUUACAGAUGUAAAUGGUCAGGCUGGUAUCCAGGUGAUGGUCCAUAGCAUAAGUUAUGUUCAGGAAGAGCUUUCUUGGUCAAAGAAAAUAACUCCUUCACCCAAGCAGACAGAAGAGAAUUCAGAGGAUUUUGAUAAGGUUCAGAAAGCUGUUGCUGUAGAGGGUCUAUGGAAAGAACUUUUUGCCAAACCCUACAAUUGGUAUGAUAAUAGAUUUGAUAAGAGAAAUCCCAGAUACCCUGAUUUUAGAAACAAGAAUUCUAAAGAAGCUCUUUGGUUGGAUAAACAUACACCAGAUUCGGUUUUGUCAGCAUUGGAAUCUCCGGAGUUUUGUGCAAAGUUCGCUAAUGGGACUAGGGAUAAUUUUGUGGCGGAUCUUUGGAAAGAUCUUUUUUCUAAUCCUGACAAAUGGUGGGAUGAGAGGAUGGUGAAGGCAAUGCAUUUGGUUAGUUCGAGGUACCCUGAUUUUAAACAUAAAGAAACUGGUGAAGCAUUAUGGCUUGAUGGCCUUAAACCAGAGUGGCUUUUGCCAAUAUUGGAAACUUUAAAAAUCAAUACGAGAGUCAUUGAUCAGGGGCAAAGUGAAGUUUUGCAUCAUAAAGAAUCUGGUGAAGCAUUAUGGCUUGAUAGCCUUAAACCAGAGGGGCUUUUGCCGAUAUUGGAAACUUUAAAAAUCGAUAAGAGAGUCGUUGAUCAGGGGCAAAGUGAAGGGCAGAAGAUAGAGAAGAUAAGGGCUGAUAUUGGGCAUCGUUGGGAAGAUCUUUUUGCGGAUCCCAGUAAGUGGUGCGAUAAUCGAAAGGUUAAGACUCAGCCGACACACCCAGAUUUUAAACAUAAAGAAACGGGUGAAGCACUAUGGCUUGAUGGUCCAAAAGCUGAGUGGGUUUUGUCAAAAUUGAAAACAUUAGAAAUUGAUCAGAGGCAAGAUAAAGGGCAUCUUUGGGAAGAUCUUUUUGCUGAUCCCAGUAAGUGGUGCGAUAAUCGGAAGGUUAAGACUCAGCCGACACACCCAGAUUUUAAACAUAAAGAAACGGGUGAAGCACUAUGGCUUGAUGGUAUAAAACCUGAGUGGGUUUUGUCAAAAUUGAAAACAUUAGAAAUUGAUCAGAGGCAAAAUAAAGAUUCCAAUGACUUAUGGAAAGAUCUAGUGGCCAACCGUGACAAGUGGUGGGACAACAGAUUGUCCAAGGUGAACCCAAAGGCCCCUGAUUUUAAACACAAGGACAGUGGAAAAGGACUCUGGCUUAAUGGAUCAACACCAGAUUGGGCAUUAACAAAUUUGACGCCUUCAAAGGCGAAAGAGGAAGCUGCAGAUGAAGUCAAGCAUGAAGUGCGUGUAUCCUAAGUUGUAAAAUUCACGCAUGUUUCAAGAGCCAUCACAUUGUAUCCAAGGACAUUUGGGGGCACUGCAUUGUACCUGAAAAUGGGCUGAGGCGUUGAAUGGUGUAGGUAUACGCAGCAGAUAUCCUAGUUAUGCAUGUAUAACGUGUAUAUGGACUCUGAGAUUUAAAUGUUUAACACUUUUUUGGAGUUUGAAUGGUGUAGUAGGUAUACGCAGCAGAUAUUCUAGUUAUGCAUGUAUAAUGUGUAUAUGGAUUCUGAGCUUUAAAUGUUUAACACUUUUUUGGAGGCUUAAUAAUCUUAACCCUUACUAAGUUUUCACAUAAA